AAGAAAUAACAAAAAUGAGAACACAUUUAGAAAAAACAUUAUUAGACAAGCAUAGAAGAUGGGAAAUUAACUGUAAAGAAUUUAAUCCUUAAUAAAUGAAAGAAAAAUUUGAUAAUGAAAGGGCUAAAAAUGAUAUUGAAUAAGAACAAAGCAAACAUCAUAUAAAUUAUUGUAUGACAAAUUAAUUCUAAACAGAAAGUUCUUAAACUUGUUAAAGUAGUUUAGCUAAACAUAGAGUUAUUCCUUAUCAUUGGAAAGGAAUGAAUGACUAUUAAAGAAGAGAAGUCAUUCUACAAUAAGAUUAAUAAAGAAAAGAAAACGAAAUGUUAAAAAAAAUAGAAUUAGAUUAUGAAAAAGCUUAUGCCCUUUAAACUGAACAUAACAGAUUUAUGUUAAUAAAUCUUGAAAGACAUAAAAACAGAUAACAUAAGCAAAAUAUGAAUGAUAUUAAAGAAUGGAACCUUUAAAAAGCUAAAGAACAGAAAAUAAAACUUAAACAUAUGUAUGAUUGA